AUGAUUGCACUCAUUGGUACAGCUGUUGUUUUGGCUCUAGCAAUAAUCAUUGGUCUCCUUAUUUACUUUUUAGCAUAUGAUCAGAGGUCUCACUAUUACCAAGCUUCUUUCCAGAUCCCCAGUAUGGAAUAUGAUCCUGAGUUUUCUGUAGAACACUCAAGAGCUAGUCAUGCCUUGAAAGAAAAAAUUAACACUGAGAUAGAUCAGAUAUUUCAAAGAUCCAUUUUAAGCCAACAUUACGUCAAGUCUCAUGUUGUCAACUUUAGGCCAACUAAUAGAGGUUUGAAAACAGAUGUAUUGUUUCUAUUUCAAACUCCAUCUGUCAAAGCAGACACUAUUAAAUGGCAAGCUGAUAAUAUUUUGCAUGAGAAUUUGAAAUCGAACAAGAGCUUCUUGAAGACAGAUAUUUCAUUACCUCAUCUUAGAGAAAUGCAUGGAACACAAGCAAAGCACAUUCUGAAUAGCUGUUGUGGUUUAGGAAUGGAGUACCCAACCAUGGAAAGAAUUGCUGGUGGCAAAACUGCAGAUCAAGCUGCCUGGCCAUGGCAAGCCAGCCUUCAGAUGGAUGGCAGCCAUUGGUGUGGUGCAUCACUGAUCAGCGAGGAAUGGCUCCUGACUGCUGCUCACUGUUUUGACAAUUCCAAAAACCCGAAACUAUGGACAGUCAGUUUUGGAACAACCCUCAGACCUCCGCUGAUGAGCAGAAGAGUGGAGUCAAUUAUUAUUCAUGAGAACUAUGCCGCCCACGAGCAUGAUGAUGACAUCGCUGUGGUGAGACUCUCCACGCCUGUAUUCUUCUCUGAAGAUGUGCAUAGAGUCUGCCUCCCAGAGGCUACUUUGGAAGUCUUGCCUAAGAGCAAAGUGUUUGUCACUGGAUGGGGAGCAACAAAGGUCAAUGGUCCUUUUCCCAAUACUCUACGACAAGUUGAAGUAGAGAUCAUAAGUAAUGAUGUAUGUAAUCAAGUUAAUGUAUAUGGUGGUGCUGUAUCAUCAGGUAUGAUAUGUGCUGGAUUCUUGACAGGAAAACAUGAUGCUUGUGAGGGUGAUUCUGGAGGACCUCUGGUUAUUACACUUGAUAGAAAUAUCUGGUAUCUUAUUGGGAUAGUAAGCUGGGGUAUAGGCUGUGGAAAAGAAAACAAGCCUGGACUUUAUACCAGAGUGACUCAUUAUCGGGACUGGAUUAAAUCUAAAACUAACAUCUAG